AUGUAUGUCGUUAAUCCGCUCAACACCUUCAAAGGAACCGACUCGCUACGGAAAUAUUUCGAUCCAGAUGCGCAGCCCCCAUUGCCCCUUGUCGAGCUGCCAGAGAAGCUCAACCCCUUUCGUGGCGAUGGCGUCCGCAUUUACGCAAAGAUGCUCACAGCUCUACCCGCACAAAAUGUCAAAGCUCUCCCAGCACUGAACAUGCUCUUGAACGACGAAGCUGCCGCAGACGGCAGCAUCAAAGAAGUGAGCUCAGGCUCUACAGUGACCUCGCUCGCUAUCACCGCCCGGGUGCUUUACGACAACGACGACACGACCGCAUUCGUCUCCAACAAAGCCUCCCUUGACCGUGUACGUGAGCUUCAAUUCUACGGUCUCAAAGUCGCACUCUACGGCGGGCCCACCUACACCGAAACUACAGACCCCAGAGGCCCCGUUGAGUGGGCUCGACGCUUAGGGAGGGAAGAUAGCAAGACGGUCAAUCUGGGGCAGUACGACAACGACUUCAAUUGGAAGUCGCACGAGCGCUGGACGGGACCGCAGGUCUGGAAGCAAUUACCUGAGAUUGACAUCUUUUGUAUGGGGAUGGGCAGCACGGGCUGCGUGACCGGAGCAGGACGCUACUUGAAAUCGCAGAAGCCGUCGGUGAAGGUGCUGGGGGUGUGCAAUGACGAAGCAGAUCUGGUGCCAGGACCAAGGGAACGGCCGUUGCAUGAGACCAGCCCGUUUCCUUGGAAAGAGAUCGUGGAUUUCACCGAGAAUGUGAGCUCGUUGGAGUCGUAUCGGGUGUCUAUGAGGCUGUCCCGUGAAGGCCUCAUUGCGGGCCCGUCCAGUGGCAUGAACCUACAAGGCUUGUUUAACUUUCUGCAAAGAGAGAAGGAGAAUGGGACGUUGCGCGAGUAUGCGGAUCCAGUGACGGGGGAAAUCUCGUGUGUGUUUGUGUGUUGCGACUUGCCGCAGAAGCAUGUGGACACGUACUUUAAGAAGCUUCCACCAGAAGAGUUUCAGCCUACGAUCAAUGAUGAGCUUUUCGCAGUAGAUCAGCAUGUCUACAGUUUUAGAUGGGAGAUCGAUCCGCGAGAGUCUGAACAGCAACUUGAGGGUAUUCUUCCUCUCAUCAAAGAACUCGGGGCAUGUGAGGGCUCUAAAGGGACAGACGAGCCUGAUUCAGACCACUUCUCUCGUGCUGUCCGUUUUGUCGACUUGCGCUGCCCCAACGAUUUCAAAUCUUGCCAUGUCACUGGUGCUUACAGCUGCCCGCUGCCAAACUCAAUGGCGGAAACGCCAACACCGUUUGACUUUGGAGAUACAAAGGUGCUACUGGAUCAAUGGAAGGAAUUGAAUGUGAUGCUGCGAAAUCAGGAGGCUUCUCAGUGGCUUAGUGACAAGGAGUCUCCUUUGGUUGUGAUCGAUUACAAUGGAGACACGUCACGGAUCUUAACGGCUAUUCUGAGGGCUCAGGGGGUCGAAGCGUAUAGCUUCAGGGACGGAAUGCCUGGAGUUCUCAAGUAUCUCAACAGUGAAGACCAUCCAAACCACCGCGUCAUAACCGAGUGCCGCAGUCAUGUCGCGGUGGAUUAUAUCAAAUUCGCCCGCUAUGCCGCGAGUGCGGCAAAGAGAAAAUGUAGGAGAAUGGACGCAAUAGGAUAG